GUUACGCUGCGAUAAUAGUAAUUGUACACAUCCAGUAAUAAAUAGUUAAAUGAAUUAGGUAAAUAUCAUGAAUUUAAGCCAAAGUCAUUUGAAAACGGAUAUCUGUAGCACGAACUUCAACGCACGAUAAGAAAGUGAUACAAAAGAGACAGAUUUUCCUUUAUGAACCACUGGAUCAUGUCACACGGGCGAAAGGAGGACUCGUCACGGUCCCGCGGCGCUGGUCCGUUAGUCGGCUCAGUGUAGGAGUGGGCGUGAGUUAACACACACAUACAUGCGGUAGCCCGCCGCUAACAGAUACACGUGGAAACCUGACAUAGAAGAAAAUGGAUCAUAAAGCGUCCUUUAGUGUUGAGGAUAAUCUAUUCAUAAGAUUGUGAUAUUCUUGCAAGGAGAGAAGAACCUAACGCCACAAGGAACACAGAACGCUAAGUGUUCCUUACAGACGUCAUCAAGGAAGAGAAUUGGUUUUGCAGCUGAAAUGGAAACCGAAUUCCUGAAGCAGCUCGCUCACCUCGUUGAAGGGGAAGUCUCGAAGGAUAAGAGGAUGCCUCGUGACAGCGGCUACGGAGGCGGAGGCUGCGGAGGCUUCGAGGUGUUCGCCUUCCUGGCCUUCCUGCUCGCUCUCCUCAACCUGGUGCUCGACCUGAACGGCAACCGGAGGCGGAGGUCGGUGCGCGAGGCGGCGGAGGCGUGUCGAAGUAGUCUUGAUCUCUCUGAGGGCGUGUGGGCGGUGUCACAGUUAACGGAAGGCGUGAUGAAGGCCAUAGCAAGCCCGCCCUCAUGCAGCCACGCUCUCCUGUGUGACGCUGCUUCCUCGGCCGCGUCUCGGGGUCCUCUCGCUGCCUCCUUCACCGCCCUCGCCAGCGACUGGCUUGCGAGGUGGCCGGGUCUGCAGGAGAGCGGCUUCGGCCCCGUCACUCGCCGGGCGGGGCUCGAGCGAGAUUGCAGUCACUAUGCCAGACACAACUGUACGAGUGUGCAACUUCAUGACUUCGAUCUGCAACAUAUCUUGACUGAUCCUGCAACGUUACCGAUGUGGAGGAACGCUUCGGAUGGUCUUAUGCAACGUUUAGUUAAUUCUAAUUGGCAAAGGCAAGAUAUUAGGGAAGAAAAAAAAAUAAUGUAUGCUGGUUAACAGAUUUUACAUUCAGAUUUAGUGUAAAGCAAAUAUAUUCUAUGUAAUAAAUCUGAAGAUAAUCUUAGGUUGUAUGAGUCAAAAAUAAAUAUUCAGAGUAAUGAUA